UUGAAACUUGAAACCCUAGAGUUUGAGACAGAAAGUGAAAGUAACCAUGAGACGAUUUCUGCUGAAAAAUGCUUCUCUCUACACUCGCAAUCUUCUUCAUCACUCUUCUUCCACCGCCACUCCACUCGCCGUUUCAUCUCACUCCCAAUUCCGUCUCUUCUCCUCCAAUGAUAUACCCGCUCCACUUCCCUCCACCACUGAAAAACCCGUUCCACCUCCCUCCAUCAAAGACUCCGCCCCUAUCGAAAUCGAAGACGUCGACAACAAAGAGUUUAAAGCUAUGAUUGAAAAAUACUUUAAAGGCGACGAAGAAAUGCUUCCGACGAUCAUGGAAGCAAUUCUGAAGAGGAAAUUAUCAGGAAAACAUGAGGAUACUGAUGAUGAACUGAUGGAGGAACUUCGUCCGGAACCUAUUGAUGAUGUUGAUGAUGAGGAUUUUGAAGAAGAUUUUGAGGAGAUGCAUGAAACUGAUGAGGAGAUUGAUGAUUUGUAUGAUGCAAGAGACAUUGUCAUGGAGAGAAUGGUUAAAGAUAAGUACUAGCUUUAAUAUGGAUGCAUAAUUACUUAAAGAAUAAGAUAGUUGAGGUAUAUUCUCUGGUAUUAAGAUGAAGGCAAAAUAGUAGAAAAAAUAAUACUGUGUGUUUUUGUUAUCAUUCUCUUAGCUCUAUGAAA